AUGUUUGUUUGGGAGCAGCGAUGUAUACCCUGUACUGGUAAUGCGACUGCUGUCUCCUUCUCGAGACAUCUCCUAGCGGAAUAUCCGCUCCCCUGGCCCGCUGCCCAUGUAGCGGCGAAAGGCGAAGCGCUGCACAAACUUCUCCUGGAAGGAUCCAGAUCCCAAGACCGAUAUGGGCUGAGGAUCUCCGCAGGUGGCCACGGCUGGCUGCAGGCCCGAAUCUCCUCCGGUGCCCCUCCAGCCCUUCCGUCCUGUAGUCCGCCCACCCAUAACGUUCACCGAUCAGAACGGCUGCACACAGGCCCGCCGCCGGCCACGGUGGACUCCGGCUCACUCCGGUGA